UAUAAGCCAGGGGAGCCGAGAACGAGACAGCCCCGAAAAGAUACAUCCACUGUGACUCCCACUUCACCCACGUCCUUCAGCCCUUAAUUCUGUCUCCCUCAGUUCCUCAUUUAUUGCAGAUGCGAAGGGACAAGGAGAAGAACAAAUAUGCACUUUUCUAUACCUGAUACCCAGGAGUGCAAAGAAGACAACGGAAGCACCUAUGUAGCCUACAAUAUCCACAUCAAUGGAGUGUUCCAUUGUACGAUGCGGUACAGGCAACUCCACAGCCUACAUGAACAGCUCAAGAAGGACCUAGGGGGCUCCACCUUGCCCCCUUUUCCCCCAAAGAAGCUCCUGCCCUUGUCACCCACACAGACAGAGGAGCGCCGAGCGACACUGGAAAAGUACAUCCUUCAAUUGAGCCAGGACCCCAGAGUGCUCAAUAAUGAUGUCUUCAAUGGAUUCCUUGUGUUUGCUCAAAAUGAAACCCAGCGGGCUGGCGGCGGGCAGGACGAGGUGCCCAUUGACAUUUACCUCACAAGUGGCCAGAAGGUGACACUCACCAUCCCAGCCACGCUGCAGACAGAUGACCUGCUAGAGAAAGUGUGCAGUCAGAUACAUCUGCCAAAUGAAAUGGUCUACUACUUUGCACUGUAUCUCGUUAAAAAGGAUGGAAAUGACUUAGUCGUUGUUAAGCGGCUGCAAGACUUUGAGAGUCCUUACAUUUCUCAGAGAUACAUGAAGGGCCAUCACAGAAUAGUAUUAAGAAAAAACUACUGGGACCCAAGUAUUGACCAGCAGGUGAUGAGUGACCGGGUGGGACUGAACCUGCUGUACAUGCAGACAGUGCAGGAUGUUGAGAGAGGCUGGGUCCUCACCAACCAUGAGAUUCAGAGGCAGCUGGCAGCCCUUCAAGCAAAGGGAGCAAAGAAAGAGUACCUGGAGCUGGCGAGGACGCUGAAGUACUACGGCUACCUUCAGUUCCAGCCGUGCAUCUGUGACUUCCCCAAGCCUGGCACCUCAGUCCUCAUCAGUGCUGGAAACAAGGAGUUGAAUUUCAGGAUAGAGUGUGAGGAUGGAUCACUGAAAGAGGGUAACUUCAAAGUGACUCGCAUGAGGUGCUGGAGAAUCACAGUACAGCAGCCUGUGGAGGCCUCAGGUAGUGAGAACACCAGCAGCAGUACCACCACCACCAGGGACAGCAGUAGCAGUUCAGAGGGCACUCGGCAAGUCAACUUGGAGCUGUCCUUUGAGUACCUGAUGAGCCGUGAGGAAAUGCGGUGGGUGCGAGUGAUUAGCCCCCAGGCGGUGCUCAUGUCCCUGUGCCUGCAAGGGAUGGUCCACGAGCUGCUCUCUCACAAACGUGGACACAGAGUCAAGACUCCCAAUGAGCGUGUGCGGAAGGGCAGCCUGUCAUACGUGAGGCGGGAUGGAAGCAGCACCCACGUCACCCUCAACCACACGGGGGAGAAUCUGCCUCAGGAUGGCAGCAGCAGCAGCCAGUCCCCCAUUGGUGAGUUAUCUCUGCGGCGCCUCAGUGAGCGCCUCAGCGAUCCUCUAGACAACCGUCCGUCCUCACCAGCCAGACCCAACGGUCGGGCCGAGCCCACCACAGUGAAGAAUGAUGCUUUCAACAUCCUGGGUGAUGAAAAUUUGUAAUAGAGUGCUUGUGUAAAAAGUUGAUGACAGUAUUUUUGGUAUAAGAGGCAGUAGAUUACAGAGUACAGUGAGAAUAGUCAGGUUCUUUUCUUUAUGGAAACACCAUCUUACUGGCAUUUUAAUAUAAUUGGCUUAGGAAAGUUUUAUGACCAGUGCGCUGAAUUUGCAUGAAAUUUCAAGUGAGAUAUUUUACUAUUUUUAGGAUGACAUGAUUUUAAAAUGGAAGGUACAGAGUUUUAAAAAGAUAGAAUAAGCAAUAGAACACUCAGUGAAGUCAUGCCAGCUAAUUUCAAAGGAAUAUCACAAUUUUCUUCUAACUACUUCUAUAUUAAAUCUUUUUAAUUGGAGAUCCCAUGUGGGGGUGGGUAGUUUUCAGUUGUUACAACAUUGACACAUUUCAUAUCAGCAAAAUAGUAAUUGGGACAUUUUAUCUUCCAACAGUUAUCACUACCCCAAAUUUGGGUGUUCAGUAUUUUAUUAUAUUGAAAAAGUAAGAAAAUUUUUAUGCAGCAGAACGAAACCAUUGCUGUGCACACUGUGAACCUUGGCGAGAAGACCGACUUACCUGACGUAGUUUGUUGUGGGCUGCAAGGUCGCACCAAGGUUUAGUACUCAGUCAAAGGUUGGUGGUGAUUCUUGGUUCUCAUGAUUAGUUUAUGUCCAGGUCAUGACCAAAAGCUAUGCAGCAGGACUUGAUUUUCAAGCAAAUUCAUGAUUAAGAAAAAUUCUGGGCACUGCUUUGUCAAGUUACUGUGCAAAGUUCUCUGCUGUGCUGUGGUUUGGUAGACCAUCAAGAAGGACAGAGGGCAGGGGUGAAGUGUCUUGAGGCUCUCCUGCCCAGUGUCAUGAUUUGAGGAUCCAGACACCUGAAGAGUCUGUGGUUAACCUUUGUUUAGAGGACCUCUAGGCAUACAUCACCAAGGAGCGUGAGGGGGCUUGGCCCAUGUCAUGAUGUGAGGAACUUGAUAGUGAGCUUUUGUCAUGGGGAGCACAUCUUUAGAACCUUGCAGCUUUUCCCUCCCAUGAAUAGUUGACAUUAUUCCUAUGGAAUACAAUGGCAAUGCCAGGAUUCUAAACAAGCUUGUGAUCUUUCAGGUCGCAAUAUUGACUGGAGGAUAACGGCCUAACACUUUAGCGAAGAAGAUCCUGGUCAAGAGUGCGCUAAACAACAGCAGUCAGCUGCUUCAUUCUCUUGGGGUUUAGACUCUUUGUGUCCAUGGAUGAGUGUUGAUGGGAGAGUGGUGGCUGUUGAGGUAGAGGAUGCUAGGCCUUGAGUAAUAGUUGGCAUAGCCUGCUUCAUAGCCUCAGCCCCGCCUGUUGGUCUUGGCCACUCCCUCAAGACCAGUGCUGUUGUUAGGGCCAGACGUUCAGGACUAUAGUCCCAAAUCUUUUGAGAAAUGAACAUGCAGUAUUUUGGACUGUUUGGUUUCAUGUUUUAAUUUCCUUCAGGUGUCAAGAAAUGCUGUCAGAAACAUUAAAUGAAAAUCACUUUCCUAAGGGGGAAUAUUCUCAGGCCCAGCUAGAACUUGCACCUUCGUCGCUUGUGGUUCAAAAUAACUCUGGCUUAAGUCUCAUGUGCUGCAUGCCUAGCAACAGCCCUGGUUUAGACCAUGUCAUUGCUCUUUCAUGGCCUAAGACACAAAGCAAAAUUUGCAAAGCAAAUUCAGUAGUUUAUUCGCUCAGCUCACAACUAAGAGGUCUUAGAUAUUGGGCCAGAAGAUAGUUUGAACUGGUUUUCUUUGAAACAAAAUCCCCAGUCCACCUGGCAGAAAGUAGGCAUGGAUAUUAGAUGAAGUGGUGUGAUUUUGCUUUUUGGUAAAAAAAUUCGCAGUGGUAAUGAACAUUGCUUGUUAGUCAGAAGACGGGACAACCACCAUUCAUUGGUGUUCAGUGAGAGCCUUAACUUCCCUCUGCCUAAGUCUUUCUUUGUCUGUUCACACCCUCGUGAAGUAGGACAACACAGAUAACAAUCUUCAAUGGCAUGAUAGAGGAGCCAGUUACUGAAUAUCUUGGCCACCUUAGAUAUUGUGUCAUGCAGGUUUGCUGUCCACAGGAUCAUCAACAGUGGAGGCAGAGUCAUUGCCACCCAACAAUACAGCUUCCCUGCUGGUGUGGGAAAUGAAGUUUUGAUGACUGUUGUGAUGGUCAAGAAGUGAGCUGAAGAGAAGAGCUCUGAGCACAUAACUUGCCAAUAGCCCUUGUGAUGUGGAAUUAAUACUUAACAGUACAGAAUUUGUGAAGAGCUAAGCAGAAAUCCUGCUUUCAGUAAUAGUGAUCAUUUUCACAUAGUAAAACCCAUUGGGUUGUUUACUGUGAAGGUUUUAAAGGAAGCCACAACAAACUACUUUAUUUCCUGGAACUUGUGGGUAUUACUGCCAUUUAUUCAGGUGUUCAGAAACUCAGACUUUUAUAUAUUCAUUUAAGUAAAAAGAAAUCAAGCAAAUCAAACAGAUUCAGUGAUGUGUGCUCUGUAUUGUUGUGUGAAAGUUUCAACUUUAAUGAUGCUUUAAUGGAAUAGCGCUGUUACUGCGGGGAUUUGCUUUGGUAGACGAAUAUCCUAUUAUACCAGUUGAGGUGGAAUGCCCAUGUUGACAUCAAACAUUCCCUCUUCAUGACCUAGAAGUCUAUAUUCUGUACAGUAAAGACUUAUUUUUACCAUAAUCUCUUGGAAAACAAGUGAUGUAACAUUACCACAGUUUGUGCUACUUAGUCCUAUACACGGGAGAGUUUUCCUCGCUAUUCUCGUCACAAAGCAUGUACCGCAGCCUCUCGGGAGGCCCAACACAGGGUAACAUUAGGCCACAAUGAAAGGCAAUACUACUUCUCAUCAUUCCUCAGCUUCUCUUGGCAUAGUGGUGGUGGCAACCUUUAGCCAGUGAAUGCAGAGUAUACAAAGGUGUUUCAAUGGUGCUGUAGUUUGUACGCUGCGCUGGUCACAGUAGUAUGUAGGACUGGAUGGAGGAGUCUUGAACCACUGUCAUUUAUGCUGUAGCUGGCUUUCUCACAGAGUGUAUUGCCUGCAUCCAAUCUAUGCUGGCCUUGCUUGGAAGAAGGUUUUAUCGGCCUCAGUUUGAUGGGUUUCAUGAAAGUACUUGAAUUUUACAUAUUCAUUUCUGAUGCAUUCAUGGUAUUUUACAUCCAAAAUACAGUCUUUGCUGACAUGAAAAAUCAAGUACCUUAAGACCUAUUCCAAGGUCACUCAUUUUGUUUCCAUAUGCUAAAAGUAACUUAAGCUUUGAGGAAUGAAAAUUGAGAUUAUUUUGUGUCAUGUGAGGAAUGAAAAUUGAGAUUAUUUUGUGUCAUGUUUUAUGGAGAAAAAUUGAAAAUAUGCCUGAUUAUCAGAGAGGGAGAGAGAGAGAAUCAAAAUGUUUUUAUACAAAUCUCAGUUUUAGAUACAAGAAACAGAACAAAGGCAAGGAGGACCCACAUUUUAGGCUUUAAAAGGAGAGGGAGUGUUUUUAAACUAGGACAUAGACAUACAUACCACAUCUGCAAGUGAGGAUUGACUUGCUGGUCUCUGAUGAAGUACAAACUCGAUGGUCAGUUAAGGAUUACUAACAACACUGAUUUUACGUCAAAGCGAACUGACAUUUUAUAGAUGAUUCCAAGGACAAGAAAAAUCAUUUAAAUGCAUGAGUAUAUAGUUUAUUGUCUCUAAUUGCACCUGCACUUUCCCCCUUUCAAUACACAGCACUGCCAUUGCACUCCAAAAAAAUUAGGGACCAGAAUGAAUGGUGUUGGUGAGUGAUGUGUAGCAUGUAGCCCUCCAGUGUAAGCUUGGUCUUGCAUCCCCUCCAGCAACUCAACAAGAAUCACCCUCACGCCACACUGCUCACUUCCUCCCCACGGUUAGUCACUGUUGGUAGAUGGACAUUAUUUUUUGGCUGGUCUCUGCUUCAUGUGUGUGCUUGCAUGUUUGUGUGUGUGUGUGUGUGUGUGUGUGUGUGUGUGUGUGUGUGUGUGCUUGCAUGUGUGUGUGUGUGUGUGUGUGUGUGUUUGAGGGUGUCCUGAAUGUUGCACCAUACAACCUCCUUGCAUGCUUGCACUGCACUUCACCAUCAUCCUGCUAGUAACAAUGCACCCUUUUCCAAAUUUACUGUGGGAAAUGGUGGAUCUAUUUGCCCAGUCAUUGAGAGCAGUGGCCCUCACAGCACCUGCAGCUGUAGCCACGAAUUUGUGUUCUGCUUUUGGCAUAGAAGUGAUUGUAAUUCUUCUAAAUGUACAUUUCUGUGCCACAAGAUGAAACAGUCUCAUGCCCUGGGUUCAGAACCUUAUUGUUUAACCUAAUAAUAUUACUACCCACAUUAUCUACAUUAUUAUCAAGGUGGUUUGUUCAAGAUAUCCCACAAAUGUGUUUUUAAGAAUAAUAUAUCUUAAAUAAUAUUGAUAUUCGUAUAUCUAUUGUUUGCAUCAUUAUAGAAACAUUUUUAAUCACUUUAAUAUAAUUAAUCCUGUGCUUGACUUAUUUACAUAUUCCAUAUAUCUGUGUGGUCAGGCAUGUCUAUAUAGAGGCCAUUAUUCCCUUCACUGGCUAACAGUAGUCCUUGCAUUGCUUACCAUCCCGCGAGGCCCGGCAAGUAUUCCCAUGCGAUGGCUGGCGUGAAGCAGGCGGCUGUGCCAGUACUCGCAUGUUCUGUGUUUACUUAAUGAGUUUCAUGCUUCCUGUUAUGUGUUUGACUAUUUUUAUAUAUAUUCCAGAGUUUAUUUAUGUGUUACCCAGAGUGAAUGCAGGCAGUGAUGCAAAGUUCAUUGUUGGGCAGUGAAAGGGAGAAAUCUGCAUGAUGCAAUUGCAUUGUUAAGUGCUGCGAGAAUGAGAUUUACUGCAUGUUAAGAAUGCAAAGGGUUAGUAGAUGCUUAGUGCUACACUGUAAUUAAUUUAUUAAUAGCAAAGCUAUCUUGCAUUAUAAAGGUAGAUGUUAGCUCAGGCUACCAAAAGAUAAUGGUUCAAAGUGCUGAGAGAGUAUGUUGUUGAAUGCAUUCAAGGUAUUUGCCCUGCUGCCAAAGCAUGUGGAAUGGGAGGAGUUGGGUCGUGCUAGGUAAGGCCACGUGUGUUUGAUUCUACAGACAUGAUGUAACUGUUUGCUCAUACCAAAACCCUGACAUCUCAUGAGCCUAAAACGAUACUACAACAAACAUGUGGGGAGAUUUGUAGAUUGAGGUGGAGGCAAUGGGAGACAAGUGUUGAUAUCAUAAUAAAGCAAAGUACACAUACCUACCAUACAUUUUCUCUGAAGUAAAGGUAAAUGAGGGCACUCAGCAUGCAUUAGGAUAGGCUGUUAUAAUCUCUUCUUGGAGCUUCUAGAUUAUUUUGUUAGUCAUAAUGUAUCAUAUACCUAGUACAUAAUAGAGUAUAACGGAUUAUUAUACAUGCCUAUUUUUGUAUCUAGGAAAUUUGCAUGAAGUUAGUGUGAGAUUUUGGUGUCUACACUGAUUAGUAAUAAUCUCAAGCGAUAAUAUGGGGAUUUACAAUAUACAUACCUACUUUAGCAUGGGAAUGGGAUUGCUCAAAAAUUGUAUGUGGGAUUUAUGGUGCAGCAAAAAGUCCAGCUGUAGGUAACGGUUGGAGGAACUUUAUACCUCGUGAAGCUUCUGAUUCUUAUUCCAGUCUGAUGCUUACAUUCUGUUUACCGCAGCGGGGACCUGUGCACUUGAUUUUUCCAAUGGCCAAUAAUAUUAACAGCAAUAGUGCUCAAUUUUCCUGGGAGAGGAUGGGGCCUGGCCGGGUGUGUGUGUGUGCGUGCGUCCUCCACUCACCCACCAUGUGUCCCACAGCAAUAUAGGUAUACGGUGUGACUGUCAUCCUCUUGUCUUCUUUUGUUGUUUGCAUUAAUCUUUAUUACGUGUUAUAUAGUUAAUAUAUUUGCAUGUUAUGUCUUUGGCUUGCUGCUGUUUAUAUAUGUACCAUGCUAUCCUUGUUUUCACCCCUGCAUACUUCUGCUGAUGCCAUUACUCUUUGUUUUUACAUGUGAUGAGUGCUUCUGAGGCACCGUAUCCUAUUAUAUUUAGCAACUGUGGGGUUAGAGCGAUCAUAAUUACUUCUGUUAUAUUGUUGUUAUGAGUUUAUUUAUGAAUGCUUGCUACUCACCCAAUGAUAAGCUGAGACAAGGAGCGUGGACAGUUUGAAGUCACCUCAGUGUUUCAUUUAAGGCUGAGAUGCUGCCGUUACUUGUUGAUGUGCAACCGUUGGUGGCGAGGGUGGAGUUUUGUUUGGUUCUGCAGAUGACACGAGUCUGCCAUACAUCUUAUUUUGUUUUUUGAAUAGCACAUAUCAAAGGGAAGACACCUUAUGUAUAUGGCUGAUUAGUUUUCUCUUAUAAUGCAAGUUCAUAAAGCAGGAAAAGAGGUAUUUUGAUCUUUUUUACUUUGGGAACUGAGUGGCUUCAUAGUUGAUUGAUCAGCUCGUGUUCAGAAGACUGUCACUUAGCUCUGGGAACACACUACAUAGUUUCUUGGUGACAGUGAUGCUCUCUGGUCACCUUGAGGGGGCUACAUGGCUUUUGUUGUUUAGUUUUAAUUUUUGUAAUCUUUAUUCUCUUAAGUGUCACAUUGGUGCAGUAAUUUGAUCUAGGAACAUUUGAGGUUCUGUUAACUAUCAUGUCUUUUAUAACCACAUAAAACACACACACGCACGGAGCUACCACUCCGGUAGCUCAAUCGACUAGGGCGCCGCGCUGCAAGGCUUCAUGGCCAAACAGGCGGAGGUUCGAGCCCCACUCAGGCCGGAUUCUUUCCGUUGACUAGGAGUGGUUACUGUUCCCCCUUGAGCAAGGGGGAUGGGGUGUGUGGUGUGUGAGGUCCUGGCAAUACCCAGAGAUCGACGAUAAUGAGCAUGCACUUGCUCGUGUCGGAAGGGUACCUGCUGGCAAAAGCGAGUUCAACUCGUGAUCAGGCCAUGGUGAAUUACACACACACACACACACACACACACUGCUCCAUAGUUUAGUGGUUAAAGCUCUGUGCUACCAUGCUUUGCAGCCUGGCAGGCAGAGGUUCGAGCCCCGCUCAGGCUGCGAUUUUUCCGUUGACAAGGAGUGGUAACUGUUCCCCCUUGAGCAAGGGGGAUGGGGUGUGUUGUGUGUGAAGGUUCAUAGGCCAUGGUGAAUUACACACACACCCCUGACUGAUAAACUAUGAACCUAAUGUUUAUGACAGAAUUUCAUGGUGAUGCAAAACUUAGCAUAAAAGUUAGGGUGCUUGCUUCACCUCUUGAUUGGCUUAAUGAUAAUGUAAAGGUCAAAUGGUGGUAUACCAGAAACAGGGAAACAUUUGGAUAGAAUAAUUGAUAAGGCAUCAAUUUACAAAGUUGCCUGGGUAAGAUGUACAUAUUAGUUUGUUUGCAGUAACUAGGAUCAUUAUGUGGUUAAGAAAUUCAUUUUAAUGUGAUAUAAGAUCAUUUUUAAAUGUGAUUAUCUUUAUGAGUGAUGGACGGAGGUGCAAAGCAGUCUGCAGAAGGGAAGCAUCUGUACCCUUUUCACUGUGACAAUUUGCUUUAUGCCAAGAUAGUUUGCUGUGUCUGAUUUUGUGGUGCAACUUUGUAGCAUUUGUGAUUUGUAUUAACCAUAUUACACCAAGUUAUGUACUGGGGCACCAUAUAUCCUAAAGCUCAGGAAUUUAUGAAUGAAGAUGUGUUUUUAGCUGGUUGAAGAAGUGAUAUUUUAAUUUAUGCAGUUAUUUUAAUUUUUCGACUUAAAUGCAUUCCAGCAUUAACCAGCACAAAAGCUUGGAUUUCAUAAUCAGCAUGCCAUUAGUAAUAAUGUUAAGAAAUUGCAACAGGUGCUGAACUUACAAUUUAUUAGUUGCCAUCAAGUAAUAUAAUGGAAGUAAUAACAGGAAAAGCUUGGAUCCGCUCUUCUGUCAAAGUUACACAUCAGGCAUUAAUGAAACUUAGGUCCUGCUUGGCUGUUUUCAAUAUAUGAAUGCAAGGCCACAAAGGAAGCAUUCUUUUGCCAAAUGAUAUUAAAUAGUAAGCAAGCAUUGUCACAACAAUUAAUGAACUAGCCUUUUAAUCACAAAGUGUCACUCUCCUGAAUGCAACACAAAAGUGCUGGCCAGUGGGUCAUGGUUGUUUAUUCCAAAGAGAAGCUCGUUGCUGCUGCUGGGCCUCCAUGGCGGGGGAUAGAGACGGAGAGAGAGAGAGUUAUAUGGAUACUAUGCUGGAAGAGUCUCCCGCCAUGGAGGUCCUGUGGCAGUAACAGAGCAGUUACCAGUUGAUACCUUAGAUUGAAUUGAAUAGGCAUGCCCCUGAUAGGCUUUUCAAACAGUAUUGUUACUGCAAGGAUAGAAUAAAGGAAGGGGACGGUGAGCGUGGCGUUGGUCGUGUGUGCAGGAAGCGACAAGUGUUGGGCAAAGCCUGUCCACUCAGUAAGCUUCCUGGCUUAGUCAGUUGUAGGUAGCUGAUGUAAUGACAAGAAACAGGCGUAUUAGGCGUUGUAUAAUGGUGUGUUUAAAGACAAAGGUUGCUAACCUGCCAUCAGAGUAUGUAAGCAUUUGCAUAAUCGGCCAUUCAACAUUCAUCAAAGGAUUUUUCUUUUAAUAGUCACAUGGAAAUCUUACACAGUUAGUCAGAUUGGAUCUUGUCAUGGAAAGUGUGAAUAUAUGUAUGAUUUUGUAAUUCUGUAGAGAAGUAAUUUAGGUAUAACAUUAUUUAUUUUGUACAUAAUUAAUUUUUAUCAAAUGGAAUAUAGUCAAUGAAAUUAAUGAAGUUUGCUAUGAGUUAGAUAUGAUAUUUAAGAUUCUAUAGUUGCUAGAUAGAGUGUGAAGCGUAUGGGAUUCAGGUAAUGAGUGUGUGUACCUGUGCCAAGGGCAGGGCAGGAGGGGCACGCGGGGGCUUCUGCAUGUCCAGGUGUUGCUAGACGGUCUGCAACACCUGUGGGCUCAUAAAUGGGUGAAUUAUUCUUCUGUUAUUAAUGUAUUCCUAAUUUGUGCCAUUCUUUUGCAAGCUGCUACCAUAGUUUAGUCAGGGAUGAAAUGAUGGUAUGCCUUUGUUAGGGAAGGGAAUUGCUUGGGUUGUUGUGUCAUGAAGGUUGCAUGCAGGGCUGUCGCAGGCUUGUGAAAUCCCAGGUUUUAUAAAGCUUUCUCCAGUUUUGCUCACUGAAUCAUAUAGGUGGUUAUUAAGCAUGAAAAACAGUUAUCUUAACCUUUCAUGCUAUUGUGAGUUUUUUUUUCAUAAAAUCCAUGAGAUCAUUGCAAUAAACUGAAAACAAUAACUUACACAAUGCAUAUCUUAUUGAAUAGUUUUGUCACAUUGAUGGGGCAUUUUUCAGUAUUAAUAAUCAUAAAGAUAAUGAAAGACAAACUAAUAGUCCUCACAUGUCAGCUGAUAGUUUCACCCAAAACAUUAAAUGAAUACAUUUUAAGUAACUGUAUAUUCUAAGGGAUGGCAAGCUUUUUGCAUGGUUAUUAUUAUUUAUUUGCAUUGGUUAUUAUUAUUUAUGUUUUAUGUAAACAUUUUAUUGAUCUGAUCAUAGUCAUUAUGUUGCCUUUUGUUGUAUGUUCAGUUUGUAACUGCAUUUAAUAGCGAAAUCAAGUAAUAAGUAAAAAAAAAUAUUUUAACUGUGAUGCCAUAGAGAUAUUUGGUGAUGUAUUUGAAUAAUUACAUAACCAAGUACCAAGUGCUCAGAGCAGUUUGUAUCACAUUCCUUGUUUACUGAAAAGAAAUUAUUUGAUAUUGCAAACAAAUUGUUUUAUUGCAUCAUCAGAAUACAUCAGUGCAUUUUUAGCACCAUAGUUAAGAUGAAGCACACACAAACAUGCUGGAUCUACCACUGUUCACUGAACAAUGGAAAAGUGGAACUCAAGACAUUUGUGAGAUAUUAUUCUUGUGGUGGAUCACUGCUAAUAUGUUGGUCACCAAGGCCAGCAAGUUUUCAGACAAGCUUGAGUUAUACUUGCUGCAUCUUCAUAGUGUUCAUGUUUAAGGGGAGUUGUGUGUGGCAAGCGUCUGACACUGUAUUGCACUGAGGGAGCAGACAUAUCAGUGGAAUACUUGCUUGUUCUCAGACUUGUUCAGUUUGUCAGGGACACCACGGAAGGGAAGCAAGCAUAAGGCCAUGGCAAGACAGGGGGGCAGGGGUGGGGGGUGCCCAGGUGUGUGAUUAGUGUUGUGGUGCAGAGGUUAGGCAGCAUAGCGGUGAGAGUGCUUGAUGCUGUGUUGCAGUAAAAUGUUUUGAAUUACACAGCUAAAAAGUAUUUUGAUGUACUGAACCUGUUUUAGAUAAAACUAUUCUUGCAUUCAACUAAAUAGUUCAUUGGCUGAUAUAUAGGAAAUAUAUUUCUUAUUAAUAAUGUGUACCAAAUUCCAAUCAAUGUUAUGAAAUGAAAAAUUAUAUUUUUGUACUAAGAACCUAUUUUUGCAUUUAGACCAAUAUGCAUUUCUGUAAGAUAACUUUUUUCGCCAGUAAAGGAGUCAUUCAGAGUAAUAUCAAUGGCAAAAAAGAGUUAUCAAUAGAGGUUUUUCAUUCCAAGUGUCAUGAAUCAGCCAGUCACUUGUUAUGUGGGUGGAAUGCACCUCAAAAAAUUAAUGGCGAAUUAUUGGUGUGCGAAGAAGAGUAACUUGUUGCCUGUAAGCCUGAGGCACUGCAUUACAGAUGUAGUGAAAGUAGUGGCUUGGGAGCUGUUGACCUUGCUAGACACAUAAGAAAUGUAGCAGCCACUGUGGGAAGCUUGUAUGCUGUCUGUGGCUAUUGUAGCAGAGAGAUUUAUUUCCAGUCCCAUGACCCCCUUGCGCCAACACUAAUCCCUCAUUUGGCCAUUGGAGUCUUAGGGUUUGAUCAACAGUAAUCCUGCAGCCUGUGUAAACUGCCAGGUCUUUGCCUGAGGAUUUGUCUUGCUCAAUCACAAACCCAAAGAUUUUCCUCAAAUUUACAACCAGCCAUGGAUUUCUGUACAUGUUUAUUGGUUGAGAAAUAAAGCCCAUUUGUUCUAGCAAUA